CGGGGUCUGCCGGGGAUUCGAAAUAAAGCUGCAGGGCCGCGGGGAUUUUCGGCGGGUCUCGCUACUUGCUCCGCCAUGUUGCGCAGAGACAGACAAAAUACGGGAAGCACUUCAUGGAAGGAUCCAUAUAGUCUGUGAAUAUGUCGUAUACUUGAACCUCUAACACAACCUCACCUUUACCCACGGCCAUUUAAAUCGGAGGAAACCUAGAAAUAAAGUGUGCGCAUGCGCCAAUUUUUUUAAAAUCCCGUACGAUAAAAUUUGAUGUCUUGAUGACGUCAUAGCUAUUGACCUAACUGAUUUAAAUGCCAUUUACCAAUCUGUAGGAGGGCUAGCGGGAUAAAUAGUAUUUUUAACCUUGGUAAGAGUGACCACACCGUCCAAAAUGUCAAUCAUUUCAGCCGGAUUCGCGCCCAAACAAAACACAAAAAACUUGAAAGCUAGCUAGCCUUAUAGCAAAUAUUGCUCAUUUUUGUCAUAUAUUUGCGCUAAUUCUACCCAAAAGAACGGUGUAAAAUUUAUCCUGAAAGUUAAAGGAACUAUUCAAUGAUCUAAUUCCAGUUGCAGUUAUCUGCUGUACUUUUUUUAUACGUGGUGAUACAAGAUUUUGCAACCACAACUUUUAGUUGAAAUUUCACUUUCGUUUUGUCACAAAGAUGGCUGACCCAGAGAGUCAACACAAUAUAUAUUUAACAAAACUGUGUCGAAUUUGUCAGGAGCAUACUGGCAAGGUCCUAAGAAAUGCCUUAUCCGUCACAAAAUUUUCUGAAAGAAUUGAAAAAGCCUUUAGAAUAGACCUAAAAGGGGACCAUCCAACAGUACACCCUAGAAAAAUUUGUUUAAAAUGCUACUCUUUAAUGAAAAAUGUGGAAACCAAAAAUACAACACCCAUAUUAAAUGUGAAAUCAUGGUUUCCACAUAAUCCAAGUGACUGUGACACUUGCAAAUUGGGGUCUAUUAAAUCAAGAGGUGGAAAAAAAACCAAAUCUAAAAGUGUGGGAAGACCACCGAAAGAUGGUAGUAUGUGGACACGACACAUGACUGAGGUGUUAUACGAAAAGACUCCGGAAGAUAUCAUACCAAGGAGAUACAGCAGAGAGGAUUUCUCUUGUAAUAAGUCACUGCCAGAAUUUAUAUGCUUUUUGUGCAAGGAUAUUCUUAGAAGACCUGUAGGGAUAAUGCCUUGUGAGCACAACUUCUGCUUAGAAUGUUUGGUACCCAAUAUUGAAGGUAGGAGAGAAACGGACUGGAAAUGCCCUCAAUGCAAACUGCUUAUAAAAAGCAACCAAAUUAAUCCAUCAAAAAAGAUACAAAAUCUCACAAAAAUGUUAUCGACCAAAUGUAAAAGAUGUGGUCAUUUAUUUAAUUUGGACGAAGAAAAAGAAAAAAAACAGCAUGAGGCAUCGUGCAUCAGUCAAUCUCCAACAAUCAAUGAUGCAAAAUCUGAUGAAGCAGUUUUGCAAAUCAUCAGGAAAAAAAUGGCCGAAUCAAAACUUCCAAAUAAAAGCAUUGUAUUCAAAACAGCUGGUAGAGUAAGUACACAUUUUUUUUAAGAAACUGGUUUUGUAAGGCAGGCUCAAUGUUUCUUGAAAAAUCAACCAUUUGAGCCUGGAAUGUUUCUUAAAAACCCACAUUAAUAUAAACUAUACAUAUACAUAACAUAUUUCAAAUUAAAUUCGAACACUGUUUAUUCGGCAACAGGCAAACACAGGUGUUGACAGAAAAGGUCUAUUCAUUAUAUUCUCCAUUCACAUACGACAUAUCGUUUCUCUGGAAACUAGUUAUGCUUUCUGGUGUUUCAAAAAUGACGUUUGUGUGAAAAAAUUUUCUGGGUGGUAUAUAAUGAAAGCUUGAAUUAUUUUCAGCCAUUGGUUAUGACUUCAACACCAACACCUACAAAAGAAAGUGAUAUUGCAAGUACAAAAACUAUUCAAAACAGAACCAAAUUUUUAAAAAAUCAAUUAAUUGCAACAUCUGGAAAAACUAAAAAUGCAAUUAUUAAACAAACUGGAAAAGUUGUUAAGUCAUUUUCUUCCAACGACAGACAAUCUAUCUUGAGCAACGCAAGCAUUCCUCAAGCAAAAAUUGAUGCUGAAUCAUUAGUGGCUAUGAAAGUUGAUAUGGGUAUACCUUGGGAGAAAUUGAAGACAAUGGGCAGGUGAGUAUACCCCAAAACUUUUAUUAUGACACCCCUAAUGUGAUUUAUUUUAAAUUCUUCUAAACAAAAAUAUUUUAAUCUUACAGAUGGCUGAAAACAUUUGACAUACAGCCUGCAUCACAUAACAAGCAAAGACAAGUUGCAAAAGCGUGGUGUGGUGAGGAUGUUAUAGUUGAAGAUGCACCAUUUACAUUCCCAGUUAAGGAUAUGAAGGGGGUUUUUACAAUCCAAACAGCUCCAUGGGCCUAUAUAAAUGAAUUACCACAACACAUUGUUAAUCAUUUAGACUCAUUGGCAGAGUAAGUUUGUGUUUCAAA